AUGAGUUCGGUUACAGCAAUCACCACCUCUGGAACGGACACCAAGAAAUUUGAAGCCACAAUCACGCAAGAAUCUAGUGAUUCGAUGGCUGGUCUGACAGCAGCCAUCAUUGCUGUCCAGAAAGAUAUCAACCAAUAUCUUACACAACGACUGGCUGCCGGUAAUAUGCCCGCAACUGCGGAUGAUGUCGUGGAGGACGAGGAAGAAGAACCUGAAGAAGAAGAAGAGCAGAAUGAAGAAAAGACCCCUUUGUGA